ACAUGGGAACGGGGCUGGCACGGGGAUGGGGUCCACAAGGACACGUGUGGGCAGCCGGGGACCCCACCCCAGCUCCAUCUCCAGGACCACCCCUUUCCCCCCCUUCCAGACACCCCCCGGCCCCCCGCCCAUCCAGCCCGGACCCCCCGAACCUCUUCGAGGAGAAACCCGAGCAAAGCACCAGCAUCGGCCAGAUCCAGCCCGAGCUCUACCAGCCCGGCGAGGGCGACGCUCGGCGCGGGGGCGCAGGGGGAGCCGGUGGGGGGACGCCCUGCGGGCGGCUGAGCGUCGCCCUGCGCUACGCCUACGGCACCGAGCAGCUGGUGGUGCGGGUGCUGCGCGCCCGCGACCUCCCCGCCAAGGACGCCAACGGUUUCUCCGACCCCUACGUCAAGAUGUACCUGCUGCCCGACCGCAAGAAGAAAUUCCAGACCAAGGUGCACCGGCGGACGCUCAACCCCGUCUUCGACGAGACCUUCAGCUUCGGGGUGCCCUUCGCCGAGCUGCCCGCCCGCCGCCUGCACUUCAGCGUCUACGACUUCGACCGCUUCUCGCGGCACGACCUGAUCGGGCAGGUGGUGCUGGAUAACCUGCUGGAGGCGGCCGAGCGCGACGGCGAGACGCCCAUCUGGAGGGACAUCCUGGAGGCCACCGCGGAGAAGGCAGACCUGGGGGAGGUGAACUUCUCGCUGUGCUACCUGCCCACGGCCGGGCGCCUGACGGUCACCGUCAUCCGCGCCUCCAACCUCCGCGCCAUGGACCUGACCGGCUUCUCAGGUGAGAGGGGACACGGGGACCCGUGGGGACAUGGGGAUGUGGAGGGAUAUGGGGGCGUGGAGGGACAUGGGGACACG